CAGUUGGCGGAAAGGCCAAACCCUUUCCGUCAACUGAGACUUGACUGUACGUACGUAAGCCCCGUAAGUACUGUAAGUAGGAUAUGUGAGCGCUGAGCUGGUAAAAAGCUUGGUUCGUUUUUUCAGACUCUCGAUCCCUUACUACCUCGUCUACCCACAACAACGAAACCCUCCUAACCUGCCGACAGCCGCCAUGCACACUCACCUACCACAACAAGAAGAGGGCGGACCUCGUCUUUAUGUCGGCAACCUAUUCUACGCCGUUCAAGCCAGAGAAAUUACGGACUUGCGAGUAGCGCACAGGAUUCCGCACACUUCCGUUUCCAUGUCCACGGACCCUAUGACAGGUCGGAACCCGGGCUACCCGCAAUUGAAAUGUUGAGAGGGAAGGAACUACGGGGAAGGCCUAUCAAGGUCAACUUCGCUACGGUGAAGAAGGAUGGCCCGUCGAAUGUUUUGCGUUUCAAGCCCGCCGGUGGGGGCUUUCGCACCUCCCGGGAACCGCUUGUGCGUCAGGAGCCCGCUUUUGACAGAUGGAACCGAGACGACGCUGCAACACACUCGAUAGACCCUCUACUCGAGGGGAGGAGGUUGUUCGUAGGCGGUCUUCCCCGGAUGGCGCCACAGAAGGCAGUAGACUGCGCGAUUCAGGAGCUCUUCAAGGGAUUUGAAGUGGUCGCAGUGUCAAAGAUGGUCUCACCCUGGCAUGCCGCAGGGGAAUCACCUGGAGACCGCUUCUACGUCUUUGUAGACUUGUCGUCGAAGUCGGAUGCUGACGGAGCGAUUGGAAAACUGGAUGGGAAAAAGUCCCCGUGGACUGAGGGGAAGCUAAUAGUGCGUUUGGCAAGGAAGAAGAUUAAUAUGAAGCUUGCGCAGGAGCAGUUUGCUUUGAGCGAAAGGACCCCGCCGUUUGUGCGGUCCUCACCUGUAUCCGAAAGAGCACAAUCAUCCUCCAUGAGCUCGUCGCGCGCGGCAUCUUCUCUGUCUUGGCGAGCAAAACCGUCGGGCGCUUCAACUAUUCCAAGUUCAGAGUAGCCGGACGUAGAUGGACAACAAGCAAUACUUUACGACGUGUAGAUUAAUUUAGAACUUGAGUUUGAGUAUGGACGCUAAGUCUCGCGAAUGUCAAUAGAUGUGCUCGCGGAGCUAUCGGCGUAUAUUGUUCUGUAUUGGUCAAUAAACCUCCUUG